AUGGCGCCGGAGCAGCAGCAUGCUGGUGGGGUAGAAGUUGAUGAGGUACCCCAGGGCUCCAUAAGCGCUCAGGCCACGGACGAUUCGCAAGCAUCGGACAACGAUGGCGGAGAGCGCCCGGUUCGCAACAAGCUCAAGGAAACGUCCAUCACCUCGGUCUCCAAGACUGACGAUGCUCGCCAGGAGGAGGGCAACACCAGCCGAGACAGCAGCCGGGGCCGCAAACGGUCUUUCGACGAGGAUCAGACCGAGAAGAUGGAAGAUGACUUGGGCCAUCGACGGAAGAGGUCGCGCGACUCGAAUACGGAAGAGGAGAACAUCGCUGCUGCCGUCGACGCACCGUCGCAGUCAGUGGAGGACCUUUCACGCAAGAUCCUGAGCCCGAAGAAGAAGCGGAGUCGCGACCAGUUGGACAAAGAUGAGGCGAAGCCUGCGGAGACAACGGAACACGUCGAUCAAUCGGUCCCUGAGAAGGAUAUUGCGACGGAGGAACCUGUUGCCGAGGGAGAACCCGAGAAGAAGAGACAUCGGGAUGAUUCACAGGAGCGGGAGAAGGCCCCGAUCCCCAGUGCAUUCGCCAACACUUCGUCCGUGUCGCCUUUCGCGUCACUAGGUGCUGCUUCCACGAAGACAGAAGGAUCCUCUAAUCCUAGCCCAGUCAAGUCCUCAUCGGCCUUCGCAGCGUCGAGCUUGGCGGCGUUUGCUACCUCGGAACAGUCACCCUUUGGCGCUCUGGGUAGCUCCGCUUCCUCCUCUGUCUUCAAGUCGCCGACACCUUCGGAUGCCGGCAAGCCCGCCGUUACCGGAUUUGGCGCCCCGACUGGCGCAUCAGGUGUACCUUCCCUGGGCUCUGGUUUUGCGAGCUUCAGCGGUGGUUUUGGCUCCGCAGCACCCAGUGGCGGUCUCACAAGUUUUGCUUCCCCGACGACACCCAGUGCUUUUGGCAGCUCUAAAUCUAGCGCGUUUGGGCAGCCCGAGGAAGAAGAGAAGGAGGAGGAGGCCGAUGAGGCGGCUGAUGCCGGUCCGGGCGAGUUUGAGCAGGACAAGACGGACGAACGAUUCUUCGAGCGACCGAUUGAAACGGGCGAGGAGAACGAGAAGACAUACUUCUCUUGCAAAGCGAAGCUGUUCCAGUUCAGCAACAAGGAAUGGAAGGAACGCGGGAUCGGCACUUUCAAGGUCAACGUGCGGGUGACCGACGGGGUGGAGGAUAAGAAGGCGGCCCGGAUGAUCAUGCGUGCGGAUGGAGUGUUGCGAGUAAUGCUGAAUACGCCUAUCUUCAAGGGGAUGACGGUGGGCGACGCAUCGGGCCAGGAGCCCAAGUCGAAGCAGAUCCAUCUUGCCAGUCUGGAGGAGGGUCGAUCGGUUCCGCUAUUGUUGCGGACGGGGAAUGAGGACCUGGCUAAAGAGCUGUACAGGGUGGUGAAGGAGUUGCAGACGCAUCAGUGA